GCGCAGCCCGCCCGCCGCGCGCCUCUGGCAGCCGGGCGCGGGGGGAUGCGGGGCUGACAGCCGCCGGCGGGGGAGACGGGAGCCGCCGCAGCGCGGGGUCCGCUGGGGGACGGUCCUGCCCUAGGCGGGGAGCGGAGAGGCCUGUCGGGCCAAGGGGCCAAGAUGUUGCGGCUGGCUGCCCUCGCCGCGCUCUUUGUGCUCUUCAGGCUGGUCCUGAAGCUCUCCUGGGUCCAGGUGAUCCCUGCCCUCUUCAUAUUCUACUUGGGCUCCGGGGGAUGGAAAUUCCUGCGCAUCGUCUUCAAGACAAUAAGGAGGGACGUCACCACGGGGCUAGUCCUGCUGAGGGUGAAGUGGCAGGUGUGGCGGCACUUGAGGGGGAAGAACACCAUCCCCAAGAUCUUCCAGGAGACGGUCCGCAAGCACCCGGAGAAGACGGCGCUGAUCUUCCAGGGAACGGGUGAGAGCUGGACCUUCCACCAGCUGGAUGAGUACUCCAACCAGGUGGCCAACUACCUGUAUGAGCAGGGCUUCCGCUCUGGCGACGUUGUGGCCUUGUUCAUGGAGUCCCGCAACCAGUACGUGGGCCUCUGGCUGGGGAUGGCCAAGAUUGGGGUGGAGGCGGCACUCGUGAACUCCCACCUGCGCAUGGAGGCCCUGCUGCAUUGCAUCAACAUCUCCAACUCCAAGGCCGUGGUGUUCGGGGCCGAGAUGAUGGAAGCCAUGCAGGAAGUACAGCCCUCCCUGGGGAAAUCUGUUCGUCUCUUCUGCUCCGGAGAUUGGAAUCCAGAAUCCGCACCCCCAAGCACAGAACACCUGGACCCCUUCCUGGAGAUGGCUCCUCGGCACCUGCCAAGCCCCCCAAAGAAGGGUUUCCUAGAUAAACUCUUCUACAUCUACACCUCCGGCACGACGGGGAUGCCCAAGGCAGCCAUCGUGGUCAAUUGCAGGUACUACCGCAUGGCAUCCCUGGUGUAUUACGGAUUCCGCAUGAGGCCAGAUGACGUCAUGUACGACUGCCUCCCUCUCUACCAUGCGGCAGGUAACAUUGUUGGAAUUGGCCAGUGCCUCCUCCAGGGGAUGACUGUGGUGAUCCGCAAGAAGUUCUCAGCCUCUCACUUCUGGGAUGACUGUGUGAAGUACAACUGUACGAUUGUCCAGUACAUCGGGGAGAUCUGCCGCUACCUCCUGAACCAGCCGUCCCAGGAGGUGGAGCGGCGGCACCACGUGCGCAUGGCGCUUGGGAACGGGCUGCGGAUGUCUAUCUGGAAGGAAUUCAUCUCCCGCUUCGGGAUCCCCCAAAUCGCCGAGUUCUACGGUGCCACCGAGUGCAACUGCAGCCUGGGCAACUUCGACAACAACGUUGGUUCCUGUGGCUUCAACAGCAGGAUCCUGCCUGGGAUUUACCCUGUCACCUUGGUGAGGGUGGACGAAGACACCAUGGAGCUGAUCCGUGGGCCGGAUGGACUCUGCAUCCCCUGUAAACCAGGGGAGCCGGGACAGCUGGUCGGACGCAUCAUCCAGAGUGACCCUCUGCUGCACUUCGACGGGUACCUGAACCAGUCAGCCACCAGCAAGAAGAUCGCCCAUGACGUGUUCGCCAAGGGGGACUUGACAUAUCUUACCGGAGACGUGCUGAUGAUGGAUGAAUACGGCUACAUGUACUUCCGGGACCGCACCGGGGACACUUUCCGUUGGAAGGGCGAGAAUGUCUCCACGACAGAGGUGGAGGGGACUCUGAGCCGCAUCCUCCACAUGACAGACGUCGUCGUCUACGGGGUGGAGGUGCCAGGCACCGAGGGGAAGGCAGGGAUGGCAGCCAUUGCUGACCCCAAGAAUUCCUGCAACCUGGAGAGUUUUGCCAAUGAGCUGAAGAAGGCCCUGCCCUUGUACGCACGGCCCGUCUUCUUGCGAGUGCUGCCAGAAGUCCACAAGACAAGCACUUACAAGUUCCAGAAGAUGGAGCUGCGCAGGGACGGAUUUGACCCCGCCGUGGUGAAGGACAAGCUGUACUUCCUGGACUCCAGGCAAGGCUGCUACCUCCCGCUGGACAUGGAGGCCUUCAGGAGGAUCCAGUCAGGACAACAGAAGCUGUAAUGGGCGAGGCUCUGCAAGUCGCCUCUCGGAUCCCUCUGCUGUGUCAGAACGGGGAAGGAAAGGGUUAAAGGAUGACACGAAGGGCAGGCGCGGGCUUUAUUUAACAAGUUUUACACACGCAGAUGGGUGUGUUUGAUGGGGUGGGGCAGGAGGUUACGUACCAAAGUAUAGAAUCAUUACGGCUUUAUUUUCUACUUCAUACCAGAGUGGCCCCCUGGGCUGUGAGCAUGGGGUCUUCUAUUCAUCUAUGGCCAGGGAUGUGGGACUUUUGCAAGGCCAAGAUGGCAAAGAUCAGGGGCAUGGGACCUUCGCCAGGCCAAAAUGGCAGAGAUGCGGGGCGCCCACCUUCCACGGGCCUCCAUUUCCCUGCCGUUGUUUAUUUCUCUCCUUUGCUGUCCUGCUCACACUGCAGAGUCCAAAAAGGGCUGGUGGCAGUAGUGCCUCUCUCAGGCCCCGAAGGACAAUGGGGGCCUGGCCCUCCCUCAAAGCAGCUAAGCUGAGGUGAGCUUUGCACUCCACACUGAACCAACCGGCUGGCUGGGGGCCAUCAUGCAAGGCCAAAAAGAUUGCCUUCUUUGCGGUUCACCGUUGAA